GCUUUGCCUGCAGGUGUUAUGGACUGUGGACGGGCGACCACUGUGAAAAGGACGGUACAGUGAUCCUCAUCGCCACCAUCGUGCCCCUCGGUCUGCUACUAUUACUGCUCUGCUGCUGCGCUGGACUAUGCUGGGCACUGGCUAGACGAAAGAAGAGGAAGGGACUUUGGUGGGCCGGUUACACUAGCAAACCGGAGAGUAGCAUAGCAGAGGCGAAAUCUCCAUCGCUACUCAUCCCACGAGCUCAGGCCGGUGCUGGUGGCGGAGCUCGUCCGAGCAGUCUCAUUAGCGGAUCCAGCAUGAUGCAAGAGCAGCAGGCCAGUGCGAGUGCCUACCACGACAUGCUCGCGGGCGGGGCGACGGGCUCCGGAUUCAGCGGCUCGCCAGGUGGCGCCGGCAGCGACGCGUCGAGCAACGUUCAGCUGUUUAUCCCGCAUGCGCAACUCCGGUCUGGAUCAGGCAUGGAAUCGGGAGGAGGCGGUAGUCCUGAGAGCGGAGGAGCUGGACCUUACGCAAGCGCCGCAGUGUAUGGAGCAGGAGCUAGCGGCUACGGAGGAGGAGCCGGUGGCGGUGGAUACGACAGGAGAGAUACCAACAUGGUGGAGACAUCGCAGUGA